UGGUCUUAUCAUCUCUCUUUCUCUUUCUCUACUCUCUCUCUCAUUCAUUUGCCCUCCCCAGCUUAUAUAUAAACCAAUGAAAAGGUCACCAAUGAACCCAAACUUGUUGCUUCUGAACUCCUUGCCAAGAAAACCACACUGAAAAGCAUCAACACAGGAACUAGUAGCCUAGCAGCUGCACAAAUCUGUUGACCAAUGGCAGGGUUCUCACACCUCCCACAGCAGAUGGAGCAUGACCUCACCAAUGCCUCUCACAGCAUGGCAAGAUUCUUGUUCUGCCAUGGGGCAGCCACAGCAGAUUCAGUAUCAGCCACCCCUGAAGAUGCCUCGCUGGAGACCUCAUCUGUGGUUCUUGACACCUCGCCACAAGGCACUGCUUCUGUGGACAGGAAGAGGAAACCCACAGAAGACGGCACCAACCUCAGCUCUGUUCAGUCCAAGGACUCAAACUCCAAGGAGAGUAACAGAAAGAGGAGAGGGAGAAGAGAGAGACACAGCAAGGAGGUAGAUGAGGAGGAGGCACCCAAGGGAUACAUCCAUGUCAGGGCAAGGAGAGGGCAAGCAACAGACAGCCACAGCCUUGCAGAGAGGGUGAGGAGGGAGAGAAUCAGUGAGAGGAUGAGGGUGCUGCAAACCCUGGUCCCUGGUUGUGACAAGGUUACUGGGAAAGCCCUCAUUCUGGAUGAGAUCAUCAACUAUGUGCAGUCCUUGCAGAACCAAGUUGAGUUCCUUUCCAUGAGGAUUGCUUCCCUGAGCCCAGUGCUGUAUGGUUUUGGCAUGGACAGUGAUGCCUUCAGUGACCACACUCAGAAGAUCGAAGGAAUGCUCCACCAAGAGGCGCUUGCAAUGUUUCCCUCUGUCCUGAACAGAGCUCCAUCUCAAGCUGUCAUGGACCCAAACACCUCCACCUCCUCUCCAUCAUCCUACGAGGUUCACGGCGGCGGCGGCGGCAUCUCUUCCCCUCAGGACAAUGGCAGUUACAUGGUGCAAACAGCAGGUGAGCCAAGGCAAGAACUGUUCAAUCAAGUGAUGUUCAGUAACCACAUGUGCUCUUUCCAGUAGAAAGAGAGGAGGAAAGCCAGUAAAGGAUCCUACAGUGACAACAGAAGGAGGAAAUAAUGCUGUGAUGGAGGUAGAAUCUGGCACCAGAUGAGUUUGUGAUGUCGGACCUAAUCCAUCCCCUUGUCUGGUGGUUAUAACGAGAGCAGUAACUAGGGUUAGCUGUAGUAGAGUUUAUUUUCCAUGGUGUUACUGUUAGAUUUGAAGUUUUUGUUAGUUUCACCUCAGUUAGGCAUUGCAUUGGGGCUCUUCCCAAGGCUUGCAUGCCGUUGUACUCUACUUGGAAAAAGAAAAGAUCAUUUGUUCAUAUCAAAGGGUAAU